UGCGGGAGCGGACGGGACCAGCGGCGCGCACCGGGACGGGCCGAGGGUAAAUCAACAACCCGCGUCCUCCCAAAAGAGAUUAAAGUUCAGUUCGGUCCUCGAAAGAGCUCCGGGGAAACAAUGAACGUGUUCGUGGAGCUUCUCCUGUUCCUGGCCACGCUCCUCUACUCCUACCUGGAGGCUUUUGUGAAGCUCUUCGUGCCUGCGAGGAGAAAGUCUCUGAGCGGGGAGCUGGUGCUCAUCACGGGCGCUGGCCAUGGCGUCGGGAGAGCCACCGCCCUGGAGUUCGCCAGGCGCCAGAGCAGGCUGGUCCUGUGGGACAUCAAUAAGCACGGCGUUGAGGAGACGGCAGCAGAAUGCCAGAAGCUGGGAGCCACUGUUCAAACCUUUGUGGUGGACUGCAGCAAACGGGAGGAGAUCUACAGCACUGCAGACAAGGUGAAGAAGGAUAUUGGGGAUGUGACCAUCCUGGUGAACAAUGUUGGUAUUAUUACAGCUGCUGACUUUCUCUCGACUCAGGACCACCAGAUAGAAAAGAUGUUUGAAGUCAACAUUCUGGGUCACAUGUGGACCACAAGAGCUUUCCUGCCAGUCAUGAUGAACAACAACUAUGGGCACAUUGUCACAGUGGCUUCAGCAGCCGGUCAUUUUGUGACUCCUUACAUGGUGGCAUAUUGCUCAAGCAAGUUUGCUGUAGUUGGAUUUCAUAAAGCUCUGACAGAGGAGCUGUCUGCCCUGGGAAAGGAUGGAAUAAAAACAACGUGCCUUUGUCCAGUUUUUAUCAACACUGGAUUUGUCAAAAACCCCAGUACAAGGCUCGGAAAGAUUUUGGAGGUUGAAGAAGUUGUAGAGGCUCUGAUGGAAGGAAUAGUGACCAACCAGAAAAUGGUUUUUGUUCCACCGCAGCUGAACAUUGCUUUGCUUUCUGAAAUGGUGUUUCCAGAGCGUGCCCUGAACCUUCUGAAGAAGAUAACCAUUCCAAAGUUUGAUGCAGUCAUUGGGCAGAGAAGCACCCAGUGAAAAGCAAGAACUGCUUGUCAUUUCCCAGAGGCACCAGUGAAAACAGAGCAUGGGCUGAGCAUAGUUCAGCUGGCUUGACUCAGAACAGAGCUCAGGCAGGUGCUUCCAGGCCACCAUUCCCAGACACCUAAGGGCUUAUCCCACCCCUGCAGCUGGAGCACACCUGCAUGACAGGGAGUGUUAGCAAAGCAGAGAUGCAGCUCUGGAAGGGCUGCUUUGAAUGUACAUCCCAUCAGCUCUCAUUGUGCUGAGGCAGGCAGGAUGCCCACAAAGCCUGUGUUUGGGACAGCACAGCUGCCUAGUUGAGUGCAAAACAUGUUAUUCUGGACUCAUCCCUGAGCAAAAGCAUCUUGCAAGAAGCAAUUUAUAGAGGAGAUGGGUGCCCUGUUUCUUCUCACUUAAUAAUAUUGUUUUAAAAAAAUGUGCCCUAAUGAAGACUUAGAGUUUCGUGUGCAUUUGUAAUGAGCAUUAUUGAAUUAUUUGUAUUAUUGAAAUAAUACAAUUAUUUGUAUUAUUGUUUGUAAUGUAAUGCCUAAUUACAACACUUAUCAAUUAUGCAUUAGCACCAUCAACACUCCAUAUUACA